CUGAGCGCGCCUGCGCCGAGCGGCCCUGCGCGCAGUGAGGCAGUGGCGGGGGAAGGCACCGGUGGGGCCGACGGGCGAGCUGAAGGAGGGAAGCGGGCGAGCGAAGUCCCAGUGCGCGCCGCGGCAGCCCGGGCACCCUCCCCUUCCGGGCGUGAGUCGCUGUGAGAAGAGCUGAAGCGAGCGGACUCGCACCGGCAGCGAGGCGCCGCUCCCGCCGCCUCAGCCCGGCCUCCUUCGGCUCCGGCGCUCGGGUCGCGGGGCCCGGGUUCCUCAGCACACCCCGCUCCAGCCGCCCCCAGAUCCUGUCCCCAGCCCUUCGGAAGCCCCGGCGCCAGCCCGGGCCCUCGGCGGGAGGAUGACGGAGCUGCAGUCGGCACUGCUACUGCGAAGACAGCUGGCAGAACUCAACAAAAAUCCAGUGGAAGGCUUUUCUGCAGGUUUAAUAGAUGACAAUGAUCUCUACCGAUGGGAAGUCCUUAUUAUUGGCCCUCCAGAUACACUUUAUGAAGGUGGUGUUUUUAAGGCUCAUCUCACUUUCCCAAAAGAUUAUCCCCUCCGGCCUCCUAAAAUGAAAUUCAUUACAGAAAUCUGGCACCCAAAUGUUGAUAAAAACGGCGAUGUGUGCAUUUCUAUUCUUCAUGAGCCUGGGGAAGAUAAGUAUGGCUAUGAAAAGCCAGAAGAACGCUGGCUCCCUAUCCACACUGUGGAAACCAUCAUGAUUAGUGUCAUUUCUAUGCUGGCAGACCCUAAUGGAGACUCACCUGCUAAUGUUGAUGCUGCGAAAGAAUGGAGGGAAGAUAGAAAUGGAGAAUUUAAAAGAAAAGUUGCCCGCUGUGUAAGAAAAAGCCAAGAGACUGCUUUUGAGUGACAUUUAUUUAGCAGCUAGUAACUUCACUUAUUUCAGGGUCUCCAAUUGAGAAACAUGGCACUGUUUUUCCUGCACUCUACCCACCUAUUGCUGGACUUCUGUUGUACAAGUUGGCAAACACUGGCUGGAACUGGGCUGCAAUAAAACAUGCCAGUUAUCAGUGCUGACAAGAGCCUAACAAGUGCCAACUCACAGAUGAUUACGCAUUUUGAAUUCUAAUGAACUGUUUUAACCUUCAGGAAGAAUUGUAAAGACCUGUACAUAGCACAACAUGAUCCGGAUAAUAUAUAUACUGUUCAUGCACAUCCACAGAUACACCUUGUACCAAAUAAUGCUUUCUUGUAGUAGAAUAAGAAUCGUGUACAUUCUAAAAGAUUUUAGCAGGUUUUCUUUCCUAUUCAUUGUUUCUUAUCAGUUUAAAAGGACUCCUUUAAGCAUGUCAGAUGAAAAGCAAUUAGGAUUAAAAGUUUCCAUUUAAUUUCCCUUAAACCAUUGAGGCUUCAUUAAACUCUUUUCACUUACUAAACUUUUGUAUCUUCUUUGUUUUGACACACUCCCCUUUGCUUUUAUCUCUUCUGUCUACCAGAAUGUUCUCAAAUCAUUUAGUUCAAAUACUGAAAUACUUAAUGAGCAAUUACUUGAUUUUUAAUGAUGACUUCGAAGGAGUCAUCACUAGGUGCUUUGUCCCUUUUGUAUUCUGGUUGCACCCACCUCUUGGAUUGGAUAUAGCAAUAACAUUUAUUGGCUGUUACGAGCUCUUGAUCCCAGUCAUUACCCCGGAGAACUAAAAACAGAUGGUUCUUAAUUCAGCUUACUGGAAAUUUCCCCAAACAGUAGCAAAUCUGACUUUCCCCCCUUCAGUUGCCUAGUAUUAAGGUUGGAUAGAUGAAGCAUGCACAGCUACAGGCUUUCUACUUCACCUCUGGGUUUGCUGUUCCAAAUGCUAUUUACUCUCAUACCCUUCUCUUUAGUCCUUCAUCUUCCUUUGCCUCUAUUCUCUACUGCAGAUUUUUCUCACCUAUUGUACAAAGAAAUUGCGAUGUAUAUUUUCAUGUAAUUUGAUUUUGGAAUUCUGUCACCUUAUGUAGUGAGUUCUUCCAAAAUAUAAUUUUUUUUCAAUAAUUGUCAAGUUGUUGGCUUUUAUUGUAUUGAAUGAAGGCUAUAAUACUGAAUGCCAGAGAAGUGGUUUAGAAAACUCUCAGGUUGAUUCCUUAUGCAAACAAACUUAAUACUUGAAAAUCACAUGGCCAUGGCAGUAUAUGUAUUUGGUUCUAUCUAGAUUCUUCUGUGAAUCUAAAAGCAUUACAGGGGUAAAUGCUUUGCUAUUUGACGUAUAGAUCCUAUCAGUAACCAUAGUACACUUGGAUUUGAUUAAUGUUUGAGCUGAACUAUAUUUCAUAUCAUACAGUUUUCUAAAACAGCUUCAGUGAAUGGUAAAAUGAACAUGUGCAGUGUUAAAGGCAGGCCCUGGGCUCCUUUAUGUUUGUUGUGAGGUUGUGUGCGGGAAGUAGUCAUCGGCAUCUAAGGGGGGUUAGAACUUGAGACAGUAGCAGAUGGGACAUGUGUUUGUGAGAAUCAGUGAGAAUUCGUGCAUCUCCGCUCUGUGGGGUUUGGGGAAAUGCUUUGGCAGAAGAGUGAAAGAACUCCUGCCAAUAGCCCAGACCUCUGCAAACGCUGUAUGUCCUUUUUUAAGCAGAAAUAAAAUGGUUGAGGAUGUAGUCACAGUAGAAAGUGAUUUUUUUCUGAAUCCCUGUCUGUUCUCUGCUCAGAAGCAUUGUAAAAACCCAUUAACAUUAUACAAACCUUAUAAAACUUGUAAAUGUGUUGUGACUGGAAAUUGUUUGAUUCAUUGGAACCCAGUUUUCUUUAAGAACUUCGUGACUUGGUCUGUUUUUCAAAGACUAUAAAAAUUGUUGCCCCAAAAUAUCAGCACUGCACACCCCCAUGGGACUUGGAAUGCAAUCCCUUUUACUUUUUUUUUUUUUUUUUUUUAAACUGGGUCUCUGUCACUCAGGGUGGAGUGCAGUAAGAACGAUCAUAGCUAAGUACAGCUUUAACCUGCUGGGCUCAAGUGAUCCUCCUGCCUCAGCCUCCUGAGUAGCUAGGACUACAGGUGUGUGCUACCAUGCCUGGCUAAUUUAAAAAAAAUUUUUUUAAGAGAUGGGAUCCCUCCCUUUUUACUCUUAAGUCAGAAAUUGUUCACAUGGUGGUUGCUUGUGGCAAAAUGGAGUUCAAAUUUUGCUCUCCUAUUGCUGCAAUUCUGCUAGCAAUCUAUUGAGGUGAAACUUGGGAUUUGACUCUUCAGCAAGCAGCAAAUGACCUAGUAACUCAGGGACAACUAUUUUUGAACUUUAAGUGCCACUUUAAUACAGUUCCUUUGAUAAAACCAUGUGGUUUUUUUUUAGGGCUAGCUCUAGGGGAGUGGAAGUGAGAGCCAGGAAUGAGUGCGUCUCUCUUCACGUGCUUUUCCACCUGGUGCCCUGACUGUGCCACACUGAAACACAGGCCCACGUAGAUGUUACAACUUCCCUUCCUCUGUCAGAGAUGUCAUCUGUGCCUUUCUCAGUGUUCAUCUGAUAAUGUAAAUUUAAAUGCCUCUACGUUUGAUAUGAAACCCACACUCAGAUGACACUGAACCAGGUGGCCGUUGCUCCACCAGCACCUCAUCAUCAGUGUGAAGUGAUUCUUCUCUGCUUUAGGAAAAGGAUUUUCCCCCAAAACUUGUGCCAACAUCUCCCUAGAUCUUACGGAUUGUAGAACUGUUGGCCAUGUCCUAAAUUUAUUCCAAAUUCUUGUAGAGGCAUAUAGAUUUCAGUCUGUGCUCGUAUGGGAUAGAUGAUCUCAGUGGCUUUUUGGCCUCUUGAGUUUAAAAUCCUUGUCAUUAUAAGGUAAUGUUUGUGAGGUUAUUCCACUAGUAACUGUGAUCAUGUGGGUGUCAUAUCUUUUAACGGCCUUCAUUCUCGGUUGUGAAAUUUAAUUUUAUAUGCUCACUCACCCUCUACAAAAAUCUGCCCGCUUUGGACUGUGGUGCUUGUGUAUCAUUGCCCCUCUGGUCUCCAGUUGGUGGAAUUACCUUUUUUGUACUGCCACUUCUCAGCAUCUUUGAAAUCUGACAUAAUGUUGCUUCAUUCCAGUUUUUUUUAGUUCUGUAAUUUGUUGAUUGUAUUUAACUAUGUGAGUUCUGUUGUGAUGUUUACUGUAUUGUAAAGCACCUCAUUCAUGUGAUGGGUGCUCUAAAAUCAAUAAAUGAUGACUUAGAGGCUGUA